GCGCGGGUUUCAGACAGUUGCGUAGAGAAGGCCCCAGGCGGGCGAGGCGUCCGGUACGUCCGUCGGGCCUGUUAGGCCUGUGACCUUGCAUCCGCACAUCUCGGUUCUCUGGACCCCCUCUGGGUGUCGAGAAGCCGAUAGCUGCGGUCCUGGAGAAGCCGCCGGAAGUGCGGCGACUUGCGGUAGAGUCGGAGGAUGAGGGAGCGGCCCUCACGAAACGCAGCUGUCUGAGGAAGAAGAUCCUUUUAUUGAUUUUAUUCCAGACCAGACUGGGCCUUAGUUGUCAGAGGUGGUACUGGUGGUGUGCCCACAGGAACAGCUGUUCCAGCAGAAUGAUGAUGGUAGAUCUGAAAGUGGCUGAGUACUUGAACCCUCAGAUCAGGGCUCUGUGGGAGACCAAGGGACCUGUGACAGAGAGCUCCUCUCAGAGUGAAAAAUAUACUGCACAAAUGGACAGUCUCAGUCCUGAGAGCUUUCGCCAACACUUCCGGAAUUUCCACUAUCAUGAAGCAGCUGGACCCCGUGUGGCUGUUGGCCAACUUCAGGAAUUAUGCCAUCAGUGGCUGAGGCCAGACAUACACUCAAAAGAAGAAAUCUUGGAUCUGCUGGUGCUAGAACAGUUCCUGAACAUUCUGCCCAGGGAUACUCAAACCCAGAUAAAGAAGCACCACCUACAAAGCAUUGAAGAGGCUGUGGCCUUGGUAGACCACUUGCAGAGUGAAUCUGGUCAAACGAAGACUGGGGUUGCAGUCCAUGUGCUGGGAAAGGAGGCAGUGCUCUUGGGAGAAACAGCAGAGACCUCAGGCUUCAAACUGAAGCCAGCAGAGUCCCAGCCAGUGGGCAGGUCCCAGGACGAAGAAUUUUGGAAUGAAUAUCAGGAUCUACAACAGCUGAGCAGGAAUACUCAUAAAGAAACUGAGCCUAUGUGUGAGAGGGCUGUGCCUGCCCACCAGAUCCUAGACUUUCCUGAGCAGACAAACACCAAAGACUGGACAGUGGCACCUGAGCUCAUCUUGCCUGAGUCCCAGAGCUUAUUGACAUUUGAAGAAGUGGCCGUGUAUUUUUCCCAGGAAGAAUGGGAAUUACUGGAUAUCAGUCAGAAGACUCUCUACAAUGAUGUAAUGCAGGAAAACUAUGAGACUGUCAUCUCUCUAGCUGUGCCUACCCACCAGAUCCUAUACUUUCCUGAGCAGACAAACACCAAAGACUGGACAGUGGCACCUGAGCUCAUCUUGCCUGAGUCCCAGAGCUUAUUGACAUUUGAAGAGGUGGCCGUGUUUUUUUCCCAAGAAGAAUGGGAAUUACUGGAUAUCAGUCAGAAGACUCUCUACAAUGAUGUAAUGCAGGAAAACUAUGAGACUGUCACCUCUCUAGCCAUAUUUGUGCUCCCCAAACCUAAAGUCAUCUCCUGUCUAGAACAAGCGAAAGAGCCAUGGGUUCAAGGAUCCACAGAGAUCAUGGACAGUCCUGGAGAGCUGCCUAUAGGGUUAAAGCUCAAAAAUGAUACUGAAAAUCAUCAGCCUAUAUGUCCUUCUGACUUAGAAAUACAAGCUCCUGGAGACAUAAUAUCAAAAAAGGCCAGAGUGAAAGUUCCCCAGAAAACAACAGUCAAAGAAAAUCAUGGUGAUAUACAUAGGGUGGGGAAAUGGCACCAAGACUUUUCAGUGAAGAAAAGAAAGAAACUUUCAACCUGGAAACAAGAGCUGCUGAAACUUAUGGAUCGUCACAAGAAAGAACGUGCAGGAGAGAAGCCUUUUAAAUGCCAGGAAUGUGGGAAAAACUUCAGAGUUAGCUCUGACCUUAUUAAGCACCAAAGAGUUCACACUGAAGAGAAACCGUAUAAAUGCCCACAGUGUGAUAAGAGGUUUAGAUGGAGUUCAGACCUUAAUAAGCACUUAACAACACACCAAGGGAUAAAACCAUAUAAAUGCUCAUGGUGUGGGAAAAGCUUCAGUCAAAAUACAAAUCUACACACACACCAAAGAAUUCACACUGGAGAGAAGCCCUUUACAUGUCAUGAAUGUGGGAAAAAAUUCAGUCAGAACUCCCACCUUAUUAAACAUCGGAGAACCCAUACAGGUGAGCAGCCUUAUUCCUGUAACAUAUGUAGAAGAAACUUCAGCAGGCGGUCAAGCCUUCUUAGGCACCAGAAACUCCACCAGUGAAGCAAAAAUUGUCCAGUGUCCUCAGUCUGAACAAAUUCAGCAAGAGGAACUUGACACUAAAGUUUAUGAAAAAAUAGAAAAUUAUGAAGCAUGAUUUUUUCAUCAGUGGAAUAUUACACAGAAAGAAAUCAAGUUCAACUCUGCAUGGGAUGAAUUAAAGUUGUUCUACUUAC